AUGCCGUAUUUAUUAAUUCUCUUAGAAUACAAAGUAAAUGUUAAUUCGAAGGAUGGCACAGGUAUGACUCCUUUACAUUGGGCAGCUAGAAUGCAAAAUCGAGAUAUGAUUAAGCUCUUACUUGAUUUUGGUGCAGAUCCUAACAUACAAGACUUUGAAGGCGCUACUCCACUGCACAUAGCCGCUGACACAGUAUCAUAUGACUGUGUUGAAACAUUAAUUAUUCAUGGUGCUAAUCCAAAUAUCAGAAAUGAGUUUGGAACCAAAGCCAUUGAGUUAAUUAAAAAGCGUGGGCAUGAUAAAGCGCUCGAAAAAUCAAGAUUUUAA